UGGUGUAGUAAGUUGCAAGCUGGGGUACUUCGGCUACACAGGUCAGGUCUCCGAGAUCCAACAGAAAACCUGUUGAAAGACAGCAAAGGAACAUCAUGGGGUCCAAUAAACACAGGAGUACAAAAAGGCAGUGGGCAGAUUCAGCUGUGGCAGUUCCUGCUGGAGCUCCUCUCUGACAGCACCAACAUGUCGUGCAUCGCCUGGGAGGGAACCAACGGCGAGUUCAAGCUCAUCGACCCGGAUGAGGUGGCCCGGCGCUGGGGGGAGCGCAAAAGCAAACCCAACAUGAACUACGAUAAGCUGAGCCGAGCGCUGCGCUACUACUACGACAAAAACAUCAUGACCAAAGUCCACGGCAAGAGAUACGCCUAUAAGUUUGAUUUCCACGGCUUGGCGCAGGUGUGCCAGCCGUCCACCACGGAGCAGGCCAUCUACAAGUUUCAGGGUAACUUCUCCCCGAUUCCCUUCUCCGGGAUUUCCAAACUGAACCUCGUGGCUCCCGGCGUGGGGCCGUCGGGUUUCUCCUACUGGCCUGGUUCCCCACCAGCGGCUCUGUAUCACAGCCACAACCUCCAGCCUCCAGGGCCCUUUGGCACCGUGUCUCCGUCCCACAUCAGCUGUGUCAACAACAUCAACAGCCUGAGUAACAUCAACAACCAUUACAACUGACUAUUAAUGCGUCUUUUAGACAGACUGGGAGAAUAUUAACACCAAGAGUGAUACAGCAAUGAACGAGAGGACAGACAGGCCUAUUUUGGUUAGUUUGCAGGUGAAAAUACGGUUCCAGCCUCAAGCUGAUUUGAUUUGGUCAAAAAUUAACGUUUUCAAACGACACGCAAGAAUUAGCUCAACAGCACACAGCUGUUUAUAAAAAUGUAAUUAAGACCUACAGUCAUAGAUGAUGCUAGAACGACAGGUGUGUGUUAGAAAGACGUCUACAAACUUAUACUUUGACAAAAAAAUGUUUUUUCCCCCCAGUUCAAACCAACAGGCCAAGACGUCUUUACGCGAGCAAAUCCUUCAAUCCACUGCUGGCUGCCUAUCCAAU